CCAUUUGGUAUCGAAACGUCGCAACGCCAUAGCCAUCGGGCCAUCUCACCCCGACAGAAACGUUUCGCCGCCCGAAACUCGUACCAGAAUCAGAGAAGAAACUCGCAACUCCAUCCUCUCUCUCGUUAAUGGCAUCCUUCUUCACCUCCUCCUCCUCCUCCUCCUCCUCCUCUUAAAAAGCCCCAAAAAUCCUUUCCCCAUUUCUCCGUUUCUUCUUCCUUCUCCCUCCUCCCUUCCUUCCUUCCUUCCUUCCUUCCUUCUCCCCUCCCGUGGGUUUCCUCUGCUCCUCCGACCGCCGCCUCUUCAUCUUCUCCCUACCACGUGAACCCGAUUCUCCAAGAGGGCCCGCUUUGCCGGGAUUAGGGUUCGUCAGGUUUUCAAUCGGGAGCCAAUCUCUGAUCCCCCAGGCGUUGAUUCGGACGAUUUUAGGGUUUUUGUGAUUCGGCAUCCUCGGUUCGACGGAGGGGCGACGACAUGAGCAAUCCGCAGAAGAAGAAGAACUUCCAGAUUGAGGCGUUCAAGCACAAGGUGGUGGUGGAUCCCAAAUACGCCGACAAGACAUGGAAGAUCCUCGAGCACGCUAUUCAUGAGAUUUACAACCACAAUGCUAGUGGCCUCAGCUUCGAGGAGCUCUAUAGGAAUGCGUACAAUAUGGUCCUGCACAAGUUUGGUGAGAAGCUAUAUACCGGGUUGGUUUCAACCAUGACUGCCCACUUGAAGGAAAUCUCAAAAUCCAUUGAAGAUGCUCAGGGAGGCCUCUUUCUCGAGGAAUUAAACAGGAAGUGGAAUGACCAUAACAAAGCACUGCAGAUGAUCAGGGACAUCCUCAUGUACAUGGACAGGACUUUUAUCCCCAGUACCCGCAAGACACCAGUUCACGAGCUGGGGUUGAUUCUCUGGAGGGACAAUGUCAUCUACUCCAGCAAAAUUCGUAGUCGCCUCUUAGAUACCCUGCUCGAACUAGUGCUUAGAGAACGAACUGGUGAAGUUAUUAAUCGAGGGCUUAUGAGGAAUAUAAUUAAGAUGCUCAUGGACUUGGGUACUUCAGUCUACCAAGAAGAAUUUGAGCAGCAAUUUCUUGAGGUUUCGGCCGAGUUUUACAAGGGUGAGUCUCAGAAAUUUAUCGAGUGCAGUGACUGUGGGGAUUAUCUAAAGAAAGCUGAGAGGCGGCUCAAUGAAGAAAUGGACAGAGUGACGCACUACCUGGAUGCCAAGAGUGAAGCUAAGAUAACAAAUGUCGUUGAGAAGGAGAUGAUUGCAAAUCACAUGCCCACCCUGGUGCACAUGGAGAACUCAGGCUUGGUGAAGAUGCUUCUUGACGAUAAAUAUGAAGACUUGGGAAGAAUGUACAGCUUAUUUCGCCGGGUUCCCAACGGCCUUUUGACUAUACGGGAAGUGAUGACUUCUCAUAUUAGAGAAAUCGGUAAACAGUUGGUUACUGAUCCAGAAAGGCUGAAAGACCCUGUUGAGUUUGUCCAACGACUCUUGGAUGAGAAGGAUAAGUAUGAUAGUAUUAUAAACCUUGCAUUCAAUAACGACAAGACGUUCCAGAAUGCAUUGAAUUCGUCCUUCGAAUACUUUAUUAACUUAAAUACCCGUUCUCCUGAGUUCAUCUCACUGUUUGUUGAUGACAAGCUUCGCAAAGGCUUGAAGGGGGUUAGUGAGGAGGAUGUGGAAGUUAUCCUUGAUAAGGUGAUGAUGCUGUUCCGUUACUUGCAAGAGAAGGAUGUGUUUGAGAAGUACUAUAAGCAGCACUUGGCAAAACGGCUCUUGUCUGGAAAAACUGUCUCUGAUGAUGCAGAGAGAAGUCUCAUUGUUAAGCUCAAGACAGAAUGCGGGUAUCAGUUCACCUCGAAGCUAGAGGGCAUGUUUACGGACAUGAAAACCUCUCAGGAUACUAUGCAGGGAUUCUAUGCGAGCCACCCUGAGCUUGGUGAGGGGCCCACCUUGACUGUACAGGUUCUGACAACAGGGUCGUGGCCUACCCAGCCCAGUGUUACAUGCAAUUUGCCAGCAGAAAUGUCUGCUCUCUGCGAGAAGUUCCGUGCCUAUUACCUUGGGACCCACACAGGUCGGAGGUUAUCGUGGCAGACUAAUAUGGGAACUGCAGAUAUAAAGGCGACAUUUGGGAAAGGACAGAAGCAUGAGCUGAAUGUUUCCACUUACCAAAUGUGUGUCCUGAUGCUAUUCAACAAUUCCGAUAGGCUCAGCUAUAAGGAGAUUGAGCAAGCAACUGAGAUCCCUGCUUCAGACCUGAAGAGGUGCCUACAAUCCCUCGCUCUCGUGAAGGGGAAGAAUGUUCUCAGGAAGGAGCCAAUGAGUAAAGAUAUUGGAGAAGAUGAUGCUUUCUUCGUCAAUGAUAAGUUUGCGAGCAAGUUCUACAAGGUCAAGAUCGGGACAGUUGUUGCUCAGAAAGAAUCAGAACCCGAGAAACAGGAAACCCGGCAGAGAGUGGAGGAAGACCGGAAGCCCCAGAUUGAGGCAGCCAUAGUGAGAAUCAUGAAAUCGAGGAGGGUGUUGGAUCAUAACAACAUCAUAACUGAGGUCACGAAGCAGUUGCAGUCAAGAUUCUUGGCAAAUCCAACAGAGAUCAAGAAGAGGAUCGAGUCUCUCAUCGAGCGGGACUUCUUGGAGAGAGACAAUGUUGAUAGGAAAUUGUACCGGUAUCUCGCAUAGAGCUUUGCCUUCUUUUUUACUUGUGGGAAGGUUAGCAUUUCUGCCAUGACUGGGUUUGUACUUUAUUCAAGUGGGAAGAUUUGUUCUUUCGAACGUUGCAAGCCCCAUUUGGUUUAAGUUGAAUUGGCCAAGCGUAGUUUCUCUAUGUUAAAGUCUUGCCAUAUAAUCCGAUAUCUAUUCGUCCAA